CUCUCACAGUCAUAGUCAAAGCUUCCUCUUUUUAAUUCAAAGGCGUAGAUUGCCGGAUUUGGUUGGGUGGAGUUAGGGUUUCAAAGAUGAUAAUUAAGCGGAGUUUGAAAACUGGACUUCAGAAGCGGAAACAGUAUAAGCCAGAGAACUGCGAUAAUCUCGCGAUUCAGAAGGAGCCGAAGCCAGAAAACUGCGAUAAUUCCGCGGUUCAGAAGAAGCAGAGAGUAAAUGAGGUUUCUUCUGCUGAAGGAGGAGCCUCUGGAUCCUGUGAGGUUCAGUCCAAUUCAAAUUCCGUGGACUCAAAUGGCACAAUUCAAGGAUUGGUCCCACAAUCAGAAGAGGUUCAACCACCCCGGCCUUCCAGAGGUCGAGCUAAGAAGCUUCCCAGAAGGUUUAGUGAUUCUGUUUUUUACGAACGCUUCGGGCUUGUAGACGAGAAUAAGAAUACUUUGCAAUACAUUGCUGACAAGAGAAAUCAAAGAGAUUCUCCUUGUUCUCCAAAUUCUAUUGAGUCCGGCGAUUUCGAGUUCUCGGUUAAGACUGUUAAGAAGACGGUUAACGGGGGUCGUAAGUUAUUGGUUAAAGAAAAGAGUAAUGAUGCCGCUGGACAUAGUUCCAAUUCUGAGGGUGUGGAUGGAAACGGUAAAAAGAAAGACAUUUUCAAAUUAGAUGAUUUUGUUUUGGGUGACAUAGUUUGGGCAAAAUGUGGGAAGAAGCAUCCUGCUUGGCCUGCUGUAGUCAUUGAUCCCCUCUUGCAAGCUCCCAAAUCCGUCUUAAGCUGUUGUGUUCCUGGUGCACUUUGCGUCAUGUUUUUCGGCUAUUCCAAAAUUGGAAAGCAAAGGGUAAGAGUUUGUUUGAUUUCUAUUUUUGAAAACUGA